CAAACGUCCGCUCAGACCGGAGCCUGGACCUGAAUGUGAACUACUGGGCUGUGUGUGGGCUUGGCUACAGCUCCGAGUCCACCUGCGGAAAGCUUUCCUCUGACUUGCAUAGUCACACCCGGAGGUUGCUGGCUGCCGAACAGGUGGAUUUCUGUCACUCGGACCUCUUGAUCUUUCUCUCGUCCAGUAACAGUCAACAUGACGUUGUUCAAUGGCAUAAUGCCUUUCUACCCCCAACCACGUUAUGACUCCGUCAUCAGCGUCCCCCUGUUAGUGAUCAUCGUAGUGUUUCUGAGUUUGGCAGCCAGUUUCCUACUCAUUCUUCCCGGAAUCCGCGGUCACUCGCGCUGGUUCUGGUGUGUUAGAAUUCUCCUCAGCCUGUUCAUUGGAACAGAGAUUGUAGCGGCGAACUUCAGCGGGGAAUGGUACGUGGGCCAAGUAAAAGCCAACACCUCCUACAAGGCUUUCACUUCUGCCCAAGUCACUGCAAAUAUCGGACUGCAGGUUGGUCUAGGAGGCGUCAAUAUCACUCUCACAGGGACGCCAGUGUACCAGCUGAACGAGACUAUCGACUAUAAUGAGAAGUUCAGCUGGCGUUUUGGAGACAAAUAUGCCGAGGAAUACGAGAAGGCACUACAGAAGGGGCUACCUAACCCCGUGCUCUACCUAGCGGAGAAAUUCACCCCGGGCAGUCCCUGUGGCCUGUACCGUCAGUACCGGCUGGCGGGACACUAUGCUUCGGCUACACUCUGGGUGGCAUUUUGUUUUUGGCUGCUUUCCAAUGCGUUGCUUUCCAUGCCCGCCCCACUUUACGGAGGACUCUCGCUGCUGCUCACCGGCGCCUUUGUAUUCUUUGCGAUCUUUUCCUUCGCUUCCAUCUCCAGUGUGCCCCUGUGCCCGAUCCGCUUAGGCUCGGAGCUCCUCACCGCCCACUAUGGAACUGCUUUCUGGAUCACGGUGGCCACAGGUAUCUUAUGCCUGCUCCUAGGAGGAAUGGUGGUGUGUCUACACUACACACAUCCCAGCGCCCUGCGUACUUUCCUGGACCUGAGUGAUGACCAUGUACGCACUUCGGGCCAAGUGAAGUGCGCAAUGCCUCAGAUGUACAGCAAUUCCAUUCACCUGCACCAGAAAUUCAAACCGGCGACUCCAGACAUACAACUCGCUGUUCGACUGUAGGGAGCCUUCACACCCCAGACUUUUUGUUCCCAAAUAGGGAGAGUGCGAGGGAGCUAUUUGGGAUAA